ACGAGGCUACUUUACAGACAUGAAUGCGUCGCAAAUGUUUGAUAUAUUAUAAAGCAUUGACACAUUGCAGCUGUAAUUGCCGUCGGCAAAAUGCCUGACUUUUUCGGCGACUUCUAAAGGUUGUUCAGAGCAGUUUUUAGAUCCUCGGGCCGUCGUAGUUCGCCCCAAGAUCUUUGGAAAUCAUGGAGAAAGUGGAGGUGUAUGAAGUGGUGAAAGUCACUGAGGAGGUGGAGAGCUGCUACAACCAAAUGGAGGUGACUACUCCAAAAAAGAGGAAGAGCAAAGCUCAAGAAGACACUGUUGAGAAACCUAAGAAGCCUAGGUCUGCCUACCUGCUAUACUACUUUGACGUUCACCAGAUUAUGCAACAGGAAAUACCUAAUCUGCCACAGUCAGAGAUCAACAAGCGCAUCAGCGAGAGCUGGAAAAGGCUCAGUGUGGCUGAGAAAGCCUACUAUCUGGAGAAGGCCAAGUCUGAGAAAGAGGGCACAGAUACAUCUUCACUCAGCCCCUCCAAAGAACUGCCAGGUUUCCGCAAGAUCCUCCCCAGAGCCAGCUACUUUCUCUUGUCCAAAGGCUGCUCCUCAAAUCACCAGCCAGAAGGCUCUCAGUCAGAGGUGAGCAUGGAGUCUCUGGACCCUUCAGCUGAAGGAGGCUUGCCCUCAGUCUCCCCCUCCCAAGAGCCCCAGUUCACACCUCUGGGGUUGGCCGGUGAGGUGGAACUUUCUGAGCUGCCCAUCGUUGUUGACGACAUGGCAGAGGAAAUGGCAGUGGUGUCUCGUCCCAUGGCCCUCCAAGCAAUCUCAUCCUCCUCUUCCUCCUUUGUCUCGUCCAAAGCACCAGCGUCUACAGACGUCCAGGGCUCUGCUGACCUCACAGCAAAUGGGGUCACACUGAAAGGAAAUGAGACAAGAGGUGCUGACAGCAGUUAUGGCAGGGUGAUGGUGCAGCAAAUACAGGGGGAAACUACGCAGGUGGUUGCCAUCAUACCCUCCCAGAACCUGCUGGAGCCCAAGUCUUUGGCAGGUGUCAGCUCUAUGGGCCCAGUGAUGAUGGUCUCUGUAGGAGCCAGUGUAGAACAAAGUGCCAAACCUUCAUAUAAAAUGUCUGUGAAGACAUACACCAGGAGAGGUCGGGGGAGGUGUCUGAAUUCUGGAUGUUCAUUUGUGUAUGUCACCCGCCACAAGCCACCAACGUGCCCAGAGUGUGGGAGCCGCUUGGGUGGAAAAUGGAUACCUGCUGCAAAGAAGACACAAGAGAAAGAAGCAGCAUCAAAGAAAUUUCUGCUGAAAGCUGAAACCAAGCCUAAUGAAAGCUGCCAACCCACACAGCUCCCUGCUCAGGAGGGGAGUGCUGAUGUCAGUAAGACAAACACCACUGGGAGCAAAAAAGAAGGCAGAGUUCAGUGCUCUUCCAGAAAGCAGCAUGCAGUUCCAGCUGGAAAGCCACCAGAGGGCAGCAGCACCAAGCCACAGGAACAAACGAGACAACUGAAAGACAGUCCUGCCACAGUCCAAGGUCAAGACAGAAGCAAUGCCACUGUUCAAAAGAGGCCUGUGAGACCCAUCCUCCCCGCUUAUUAUAGCACAGGCCAUGCCUUGUUUCAGAUCAUAACUGUCCCAUCUGACAAGGGAAAAUUUCAGACUGUAAACAACAACAAAUCAUUGACUGUGCCCCGAGAAGGUUUCUCAGGUCUCAAACCCAGCACUUUGAAGCAGCUCGGUCAGACGGUCACAACAACCACAGCAAAGCAGGAUUCUCCUGUCUCAGCAGAUGGAAACCAGCCUGUGUCUUCACUGACUGAUAGGAGAGUGAAUAUCCUGUCAGUCGUGCCUUUCAAACAGCACACUGUCUCUAACUUUGACUUGGGACUGUCCACAGCACGAGGCAGGGGUCGCUGUAAGAAUCCAUCCUGUGACUAUAUGUAUAAGAACAGACACAAACCUGCAGUGUGCCCUAAAUGUGGUUGUGAGCUGACCCAGAAGAACACCAAGGGAGCAAAGACUGGGACUCUGCUGGAUCCAUACCAAACCCUGAGUCCUGCUCAGAAGGACAUCCAGCGGCAAAAUACGCUGCAGCUACUGCGCCGUUCGCUGCAGAUUCCUGAAAGUGAGACUGAGCUUCAGGAAAUAUUAAACCUCAUCCAGGAGCUCAACAGUCUCCAGAUCAUCUUGGUUCAACCAGGUGACCAGGAGCAUGAAGACAGCGUAGGGACGGAGACGCUGGUUGAGUCUGGUUGGCCUCAGUUCUAUGAAUCAGCUGCUACUCACUGUGGCCUGUGUAAUUACCCUCUCUUCAAAGGAGGUCAGAGUACUGUUGCAGGACAGGAGGACUGCUGGCUGCUUACUGAGACACUGAUCCAGACAGCUUCUCUCCAGCUCAAGGUGUGUCUCAACGUUCAGUGUCUGGCUCUGCACAGCUUCACUGAUCUGCAUCCAGGUUUGUUCAACAUUGGGAACAGACUGCUGGUGAGUAUUGACCUGUUCCUGAAGAUCAGGGCGAACAUCAAACUGGGCCAGGCUCCCUCUCAUGCACACAGGACUAUACUGGACCACAUCCCCAAUCACCCUGUCCAUGCACUGAGUCCAGAGGAGUUAUCUCAAAUUCAAGAGCUUCUUCUGAGUGGCUACUGGGCCUUUGAGUGUCUGACAGUGCGAGAUUACAACGAUAUGAUCUGCGGCAUUUGUGGUGUUGCUCCCAAGAUGGAGAUUGCACAACGAUACACAAACAACGUGCUGGAGCUCAAGAAUGUAGAGUUUACCUGGCCUGAGUUUUCGGUCUCAGAUGAGGUACACGUGGAUGACUUCUGGUUGACCAUGGAGAGUGAGGCUAUCGAGCAGGCAGCUUUCCCCGCCGACAUCCCUAUCACACGCGUGGAUGCUUCCAUCAUCGCUCCCUUCAUCCCCCCUCUGAUGAGGAGUCCCACUGUUAUCAACACAGAGAAGGACAAGGCCUUGUCUCACAAACAGCAGCCCUCAGGAGAUCCAUCAGUUUUGGUGCGUCUCAUUCAUGAUGGUCAGCUGAGACUCGACAAGAUUGAGGAUCACACUGAGGACGAGCUGAGAACGAUACUGGACGGCUGCGGGGCGAGCAUCACCCCAGGCUCCACUAAGAAUGAGCUUCUGGCUUCUCUGAUCUCCUUGUACACACUUGUUCAAAGCGGCCUCUCCACCGCCCCACAGCCCCCUCCACACCUCACGGCUGGCAAGCUGUCCAAGGUCUGCCCCCACAAGGUGGUGUGCGGCUCUAAGUACUUGGUGAGAGGAGAGACGGCUCGAGAUCACGUUGACCUGCUGCUGUCCUCUCGCUACUGGCCCCCAGUUUAUGUUAGUGACUGUGCCCGUCAGGUGGCGCUCUGUGCAGACAUGCAGUACCCAGAGCUGGCAACCCAGAUGUGGGGCAGGAACCAAGGUUGCUUCUGUGACCCCUUUGAAAAGCCAGAGUUUGUGUCAUGUGCUGAGCUACAAGACCAGGCGUACAGCGCUGACCUUUCCUCGGUAGCAGAGAACCAGCAGGUCCACCCCAUCACCAAAUCUUCUUCCUGCUGGCUGGUUCACCCCCCUGGAGCGGAGCAGCCCCCGGAGCUUCCUGCUCCAGAGCACCACUCAAUGUCCCUCUGCAGAGACCUGGAGCCCUAUGUCAGCCUGGUGGCUGAGCUGGAGAAAGAGAAGGAAGAGGAGGAUGACAAGAGGGCAGAACAGAAAGAAGAAACAGAUGGAGCUGAGAAAGACUCCACAGAGAAAUCAGAAGACUGUUCCUCUGUGAGACGUGCACGGUUGCAACCUGCUGUUUUCAGCAACACAGCUUAUUACUAUUUGUACAACCGUCUGGUAGAUUUCCUCACCAGCAGGGACAUCGUGAGCCAGCAGAUCAACCAAGUGGUGAAAGCCUGCCAGCCUGGUGAGGUGGUGAUCAGGGAUGCUCUGUACCGUUUGGGAGUUGCUCAGAUCAACACGGAGAAAGAGGAGGAAGAAGGAAGUGGAAUUGAGGUACAGACACAAGAGGGAGGGACAGAGACAUAUGAGGUUGUCCUGGCUGAAUAAAAAUGUUGAGGAUGGACAGCUGGAGGAAUCAACAGGCAGCCAGAGGGAUUGACUGAAUGUAUAGAUGGCAGCAUGCAAAGAGAUGAGUGCAUAAAAUUAGAGAGACAGCCAUGAGGGAAAAGGAGGUACCAUAAGGAGACAAGUGCUACCAGAAGGGUCCAAGAGUUUGAAAAGCGAUACAGUGCUAACCCCAAAAACGUCUGAGAGAGCAGAGAGUACCAGAGAGUAAUUUACUGUCAGCAAAGGAAUAACCUGUGCAACAGCACACUUUAGAAAAAGUUAUACACUGCUGACUAGUUUCACCCAUGUGAGGAAAUAGGCUGAAUAUGGAUAAAGUGGGUUGAAUCUUUCAGAAGCGGACCUUAUUUUUGAUGUUGAGAUGACUGCAGAGUGUUCAGCGGUGUUUACUGGGAAGAUACUAACGAAGACAUACAAUUUCAGAUUACAGGUUACAAAGAUAUUUUACAACCAUCUUUAACGAGAUGUGAGAAUAAGUAUAAGUCAAUGUGGUGGAGGCUGAAUGUAAAAAAUGAUCAUUUCAGAUAACUAAAAGAACAGUCGUGUGUUUUUUUUUUUUUUUUUGUUUGUUUUUUGUUUUUUAACCAAUAUGGUGCCAAGAGUUGAAAGAAGUGAAACUGUAUAUGAAGGUGACAUAAACUUGAGUCCUAAAUCUACAUCAAUGCUUUCUGAUGACUGAAAGAAUGUAAACAGGAUGUUAAUAACUCAGCUACUUCAAGCCUAAGUGUAAAUAUUUAACCAUAAAUAGUAUGGUGUAUUUAUUGCCCUUUUAUGUCCAGAGACAUUUCUGCUUUGUGUUUUACACUCUUACCUCUCACCUGCCACGUGUUGCCUUUGGACCGAUGUUUGCUUUUGAAAAGUGAUGAUCAAAUAUGUGUCUGUCCAUUGUCCUGUAUCAAAAUGUGACAAUGGACCUUGUGGCCUUUUGCUUUAUUUUGGAUCAUUCUAUCAUCUAAGUGUAGAUCCAUUCAAGGACGCGUUCAGUCAGCUGUCUUGACUCAUGUCAACCAAUCAGCAGUCAGCCAUUUAGAAUAAACUGGAGAUAUGUAGUAUCUCCAGGUUAGUAUUAGUAUUAAUCUGAUUACUGUUUUUUGUUGGGAUUUGUCACUAAUGGUUUGCAAUGCACUAACAAGGCUUUCUUUGAGCAAUGAGGCUGAGUAGGCAGUUGUAUUGAAAAUUUGUUUAAAUUACUGAAGCUUCAAGUGUUCAAUAGGGACACCUGUGGAUCAAAAGAAGUUACAGCAGCCAAGCUUUGUGUAGAUAAAGAAAAUAUCGAAAUAGCUGGACCAGUGAAGUCUUGUAAAAUAAACUGCUGAUGCAAUAAAUAAAU